AUGGCUUCCACAUACUCUCUACCAUCUGACUACACAGAGGAUAAUCCAUUUACCAAGAAAGAAAUGUCGCUGUUCGUUGUGAUUUAUACAUUUUGUGUAAUUUUGCUAAUUAUCAUGUAUGAGCACUUAAUGCCGGUCAUUAACAAUCCAACAUAUCCCCAUUACAAUAAAGUACCAUCGUUUGAGUUUGUCAGUGGAGCGCAAACGACGACGCCUGGAUUUUAA